AUGGUCAGCCAGCUGCGCAGCGGGCAACCGGUUGAGGAUGGUAAGGCCCUGUAUCGCCGUGCCUGUCAGCUGGUGAAACAGGCGCGUGAAGAGCUGGCCGAAGCAGGAUUCAGUCAGGAAAACAGUGACACCAUGUUGUAUGCCUUCUGUGCCCUGCUGGACGAGAGUGUGCUGAACCGCGAAAAAACAGAUGAUGGCUGGCACACCUGGCAGCAGGACCCGCUGCAGGCUCAUUUUUUUGGUACGCUCAAUGCCGGUGAAGAGUUCUGGGAGCGUAUUCGUGAGCAACUGAAAUUACCAGCGCCGGAUGUGGCGGUACUGACAUGCCUCUGCCGUACGCUUCAGCUCGGUUUUACCGGUCAGUACCGGUCGCAGGAUGAUGAGCGUCGCGAAGAUGUAAUACGCGCACUGACAGCGCGUGUUCCUGCAUUUACUUUCGCACAGGAUGCGCCGGUGGUGGUGCGUGCACCGGGUUACCGUGCUGGCAGAACGAUGUACUGGUUGUCAUGGGUGGCGGGUAUUGUGACGCUGGCUGGUCUCUGGUGUGUGCUUUCUUCUGUGCUUGCAGACCAGGUGGCACGGCUUACCGGGCAGGGAUAA